UCUAAAGUUCUAAGCCAAGCCAGCCUUGUCUGUCAAUCUAUUAGCCUUCUGUUUAGGGCUCUCUGUCUUCCAUUUUCGGAGGAGAAAAAGCGCGGGAAAACAGAAAACACAAAGAGAGAGGCUGGAAGAUUUCAAUGGAAAAUUAGAAAUCCAAAUCAAGAAAACAAUCAGCAAAAAUGGUUUUGGAUGGAAAUUCAAAAGCAGGAAUAACAGGAACUAUAAAUCAAAAGAAAUCAGAGACAGAAGUCCCGAAUUUAACAGGCAAAGUCCACUUACUACCUUGCUGCAUCAAAUAUGAUGGCCCUUCUGCUGUUUCUCACUACUUCAAACCCAAACCCACCGGUGUAGAAGUGGAAGAGAUGAAAGUUGAGGAAGCUCAUUUUAGAGGCAGGAAGUUACAGGGUGCCACACUUCCUAUUCCAAAUGGGUAUUCUGGCUUUGUCAUAGGAAAGAAGAGUCUUGGCAAGAGAAAAGCUUCUGACAUUUCUGAACAAAACUCAAACACCUGGGAGAUAACUGCAAAAUUUGAGAACAUAACAUAUUGGAAUCACGACAGCCUGCCUUCAAAAGUUGAUGCUUUUGUGCGUUCCCUCCAGUGGUUAUCUGUGGCAGAAGCACUGCACAAGCCAGCAGCAGCUGAAGAUUUGGCUUCUGCAUCCAUUGCUCUGGAGAAGAAGUGAUGAAGAAACGAGAAGGGCAUCUUCUGAAUUUUGCUACUACCCAAGUGUGCUUCCCAUGCUAAACCAACUGUUUUGUC